AUGGCAGUUAUCGAUAAACCCGAAAAUGCACCAGAACACUGUCCGGGGCCAAGCACUGAACAAGCAGGAAAAGCCUCAGCAUGUGAAGGCUGCCCUAAUCAAAAGAUAUGCGCUACUGCACCAAAGGGACCUGAUCCAGCAUUACAAUUUAUUAAAGAAAGAAUGAAUUCGGUUAAACAUAAAAUACUUAUAUUAUCUGGUAAAGGAGGGGUUGGUAAAAGUACUUUUACGGCGCAACUUGGAUUUGCCUUUGCUAGUGAAGAAAGUAUUCAGGUUGGAGUAAUGGAUAUUGAUGUAUGUGGACCAUCAAUUCCAAAAAUCAUGGGGUUAGAGGGUGAACAAGUUCAUCAAAGCUUAUCAGGAUGGUCGCCAGUUUAUGUACAAGAUAAUUUAGGCGUUAUGUCAAUAGGAUUCAUGUUAUCAGACCCAGAUGAUGCAGUUAUUUGGCGUGGACCCAAAAAAAAUGGGAUAAUCAAACAAUUUUUAAAAGAUGUAGAUUGGGGAGAUUUAGAUUUUAUGCUGGUUGAUACACCACCCGGUACAUCCGAUGAACAUUUAUCAAUUGCGCAAUAUCUUAAAGAAAGUGAAAUAGAUGGUGCUAUUAUAAUUACGACACCACAAGAGGUAGCAUUACAAGAUGUUAGAAAAGAAAUUGAUUUUUGUAAGAAAGUAAAAAUACCGAUUUUAGGUGUUGUUGAAAAUAUGAGUGGAUUUAUUUGUCCGAAUUGUGGAGCAAAAAAAAUGGCUGAAGAUCUGAAUGUUAAAUAUUUGGGAUCAAUUCCCCUGGAUCCUAGGAUUGGAAAAGCAUGUGAUAUGGGCAUAUCUUUUCUUGAUGAAUAUCCGGAUUCACCAGCUUGUAGAGCUUAUUUGGACAUUAUUUCUGACUAG